UCUCACGAACACCCAUGCGCCAUGGAUGUUGGUGUUGCGGCCAGCGCUGUAGCAGCUGCGGGCUUGAAGCUCUUGAGUUACAACCGAAGCAACUUCUUCGAAAAUCUGAAACUUCAGCAGAGCCGGAAGUUUCGGCGCCAGCAAAUCAUCGCGGCUCAGGCAAACCUGUUUCGCUCUGAUGUGCAGCAAGUCAUUGGUGCGUCUGUCACCGUACAGGAGCGUUUGACGAUUGUUUCAACGUUGAUGUUAGUGGCUGCGACCUAUUCCUUCGGUGUUGGUCUUCCGCGUGAAAGCGCGGAUUUCCUGGAGGGCUUGGUCUACUUGACCCUCAGCAACAGCUCCCUGUACUUUUUGCUGGCGCUCUUCUCGUGUAUUUCUGCGAGCAUCCUCGCGAGAACCUCACAGAAGGUGCUACUCAACAAUUGCGUCAGACCACCCUUCGAGGAGAUGAUUGCUGCGGUGGAUGAAUCAGAGAGCCAGGAGAGCGCCGAGCACUUUGAACGUCAAGGUGUCUCUGCUUUGCUCAGGAUCCCUGGCAGCCACUUCCUGGAGGAGCGCUUUGGCUCGGAGCUGCUGCGCCUGCGCGCCUGGCGGAGUGGCAAAGUGGAUGCGGCCGAGGAGGUGGGUUCCUUGUCACUGAAUCGUCUUCUGUCCCGGCAGAGGUCCAACAAUGAAGCGAUGAACCGGCUCCAGCUGCUUUGGGAUGACCUGGCGACAUACGCUCCGUACUAUUUGAGCUGGGGCGUUCGAAACUUGCUGUUGGCUUACGCGUUCAGAUCAAUGGGGUUUUACUACCACAGCCGGGACUUUGACGUGUUUCUGCAAACCUCGCUUUGGAUCAUCGUGACGCUGGCGCUGGGGGUGCUGACGAACAUGGUGAUGCCAAGCAGUUGUGUGCAGAGUUUCAUCGAACAUGGCUUGAUCUUGGCGGGGAUUGGCGCGAGCAUCGUGGAUGCCACCAGCAGCACUUUCACAGAAAAGCUCUGGUGGAAGCGAGAGGGGCUGAACCACGAAGUCUCAUCGAUCACUGCUGCCUUCGUGUGUCAGCUCGGCUUGUUGGUGUCUGCACAUGUGCGCUUCUACAUCAAUACCAAAGGUGGCCCCAUGCUGCAGACUUUCCGAGAAAUUGGAAGCAACAUCAGUUUUCGCCAAGAUUUGCAUUAUCAUCAGGAUUUGUCUUCAGGAGCCGACUCAGAUUCCGAAACAUCGGAGUGUGAAAUUUCCGACUUCCUCCAGGGCCACAUCAAGCGCCAGUCCAGACUCCGGGAUGGUGUGAGAACCACGUGCCUCAUUGCAAAUAUCGCUAUGAUCCUCAUUUGGCUCGCUGUGUGCUGUGGUGAGGCCGAAAUCUGGCGUCAACUGCCUCGCGCCGUGAAGGUGACUGAGGAGAUCCUGGAUGAUGUACCGAUCGCCUUCGGCCCUAACAUCACGGACGCUGACGUCACGGACGCUGACGUCAGCCUCACCUUGGCGCCGAAGCGGCUGUUGAGGGAAGGUUCGGCACGGCCUCUCUCCGAUGCGCCUGUCCUGGUGGACCUGACAUCUCCACAUGGGCGCGUAGUGAGCAGAUAUCCAGGUAGCAUCACCAUCAGGGAGGUCUUGGAAUCUCAAGGC